GGACGUGGUCCGAGGAGCCACAGGAGAGCGAGGGGCAGGAGUGGGGAUAGAUGAACGAGUGGACGUGGCCUUGGGAGCCACAGAAGAACGAGGGGCAGGGACAGGAAGGGAAGAACGAGUGUAAGUUGGGUGCUUUUCGUCGAACCUUUUCAGGAACGACGCACCCGGGGAAAGGGAAGAGGAAGAGGGAAUGGACGUGGCCUGAGCCACAGGGGAACGAGAGGAAGGGAGGGGAAUAGGAGAACGAGAGGACGUGGUCCGAGGAGCCACAGAAGGAGAAGAACGAGUGGAAGUGGCGCUAGGGCAGUUGGUAGUCUUUUGGGGGGCGGAACGAGAGGAUGUGGUCCGAGGAGCCACAGGGGAACGAGCGACAGGGAC